AUGACUAAACGACACGAUUACCAGAAUGGUGAAUAUUCUAAUAGAACGAAACAUGCUAGGGUAAGCAAUGAUAGCGAAGGACAUAACACUAGUGUCCCAGAUGUCGGAUCAUUUACUCAAGGCCCUCUAGAUGCAACAUUUGGCCAGCAUGCAGCAUUCCCUGAAACACAACCCGAUGAAGCUACAGACCCAUUAACUGAUUCUGUCCAAUCGUACUUGGAAUCUGUUAGGAGAGAGGCGGAAAAGGACCAAUGCAUUUACUAUACCCAUAGAUCCCAAAAUCUACCCCCAGAAGAUAGCGAAAACAAAACUAUUGAGGAUAGUAGAGAAGAGUCUAACAUUGCAAUUACAUCUGAUAAUAACGAAAUAUGGAAAACAGAGCUUAUGGAGGAGUUUUUGCGAUUGAAAGAAGACGUCGAAAUAUACCUGCAAUCGUUAAAAGUGCAACCAGAUCAAAUUUCAGAGAAUCAACCAGAAGCAGAAGCGAAUACAGAAAUACCCUUUGACAUACCAGAAACGGCAACUGCCUGGCGACAGUACAUUAUCAACAAUCCUCCUCCAUCAAUUAAAUUCUUCUUCUUACAUUUGAACCGUCCUACGAUAAUAAAGCUUCUCAUAUACGUAUCUAAAUGGUUAAGUGCCAACAGUAAUGAAAACCUAUCCAAGUGGAUAUUUCUGCUUUUCUUACGACUUGAUAGCCUUUUAGAUCAUAUUGACUGUUCGAUUGUAAGAGAUUUAGCAAAGAAGGCCAUAAAAAUAAAGAUCAACACAAACCCCCAGGAUAUUAAUGACGUUUCGAAAUAUACAAUUGACAUGGUCAUAGUCAUUGUAGGAGAGUAUUAUAGACAAAGAGACCUACUUGUAUAUUAA